CUCGGUCGGCGUCUACCCCCUGGAGGCGGCAACCGCCACAGCUCUACCCUUCCCGGUUGGCGGGGCCAGCUGCGCCCCGGUUCUUGGAUGAUCAUGGGGGACCCCAGCAAGCAAGACAUCCUGACCAUCUUCAAGCGCCUCCGCUCGGUGCCCACCAACAAGGUGUGUUUUGACUGCGGUGCCAAGAACCCCAGCUGGGCCAGCAUCACCUACGGGGUAUUCCUGUGCAUCGACUGCUCUGGGAGCCACCGGUCCCUGGGCGUCCACCUGAGUUUCAUCCGAUCUACAGAGUUGGAUUCUAACUGGUCUUGGUUUCAAUUGCGAUGCAUGCAAGUUGGAGGAAAUGCUAAUGCAUCUUGCUUUUUCCAUCAGCACGGGUGCGACACCAGCGACACCAACGCCAAGUACAACAGCCGCGCCGCCCAGCUCUACAGGGAGCGGCUCAAGGCGCUGGCCUCCCAGGCCACCCGGAAGCACGGCACUGACCUGUGGCUUGAUAGCUGUGUGGUCCCGCCUUCGUCCCCGCCACCGAAGAAGGAAGAUUUUUUCGCCUCUCACGCUUCUCCUGAGGUGAGCAGCACAGGGUGGGCGUCAGCACAGCCAGAACCUUCUUUAACUCCAAGGAACCUGGACACACCUCCAGCAAGCAGUGAAGGUGCACCAGAACAAGGACCAAGUGUGGAAGGUCUUAAUGUACCAACAAAGGCUGCUGUAGGCGAGAUUUCUUCUAUCAUAAAAAAGAAACCAAAUCAAGCUAAAAGAGGACUUGGGGCCAAAAAAGGAAGUUUGGGAGCCCAGAAACUGUCAAAUACGUGCUUUAAUGAAAUUGAAAAGCAAGCCCAAGCCGUCGAUAAAAUGAAUGCACAGGAAGACCUUCUGUCCCGGGCAGCACCUAAGGAAGAGUCCAUUGUUUCAUCAUUACGAUUAGCCUAUAAAGAUCUUGAAAUUCAGAUGAAGAAAGAUGAAAAGAUGAACAUGAGUGGCAAGAAAAAGGCAGAAUCAGAGAGACUUGGCAUGGGAUUCGGAAAUAGCAGAAGUGGUAUUUCACAUUCAGUGACUUCAGACAUGCAGACCAUUGAACAGGAAACGCCAGUCACAGCAAAACCGAGAAAAAAGUAUGGUGAUGACAGUGACGACUCAUAUUUUACAUCCAGCUCCAGGUUCUUUGACGAGCCCAUGGAGUUAAGGAGCAGUUCUUUCUCUAGCUGGGAUGACAGUUCAGAUUCCUAUUGGAAGAAAGAGACCAUCAAAGACACUGACCCAAUUCCGAAAAACACAGGCUAUACGGACAGACCUACCACUCGCCGCAAGCCGGACUAUGAGCCAGCUGAAAAUACAGAUGAGGCCCAGAAGAAGUUUGGCAACGUCAAAGCCAUUUCCUCAGAUAUGUACUUUGGAAGGCAAGCCAAAGCUGAUUACGAAGCCAGGGCUCGGCUGGAGAGGCUUUCGGCAAGUUCUUCCAUCAGCUCAGCUGACCUGUUUGAUGAGCAGAGGAAGCAGACGGCAGGAAGCUACAACCUCACCAGUGUGCUGCCCACAGCCCCCGACAUGGCCCAGUUCAAGCAGGGAGUGAGGUCGGUUGCCGGAAAGCUCUCCGUCUUUGCUAACGGAGUCAUGACUUCCAUUCAGGAUCGCUACGGUUCUUAACACUGAUGUUGGCGGUGCGUGUUUCCUGGAGAAAUUCCUCUUUUCGUGAACCAGUGACCACAUCACGGGCUGCAGUGAAGACCAGCUGGCUUUGGGCAGAUUGUUUUGCUACUUUUUCUCGUGGUAUAUAUGUAUUCAAGGCUGAUUUUUAAUAUUUCUUUUGAGAAAUUCUCGUUUUUGAUGUAGUAGAAACUUCAUUGUAAUCUUGGUUUUGUGUUACUUCCGUCUGGCGUAUCCGUGCACACCCCUGCUCUAUUUCCUUGGAAUCUUUGGUUCUAACAGCUGGAGGUCUGGAGUCACGGGCUCCUUGGCCUCUCUUCACUGGGGGAGGGGAGGGUGUCUCAGCACAGUGAGACUCAUGGGCUAAAGGUUGCCCGAAUCAGCUGAUACGAGAAGGGCCUGGAGAAACAAAACUUACAACACACGCUUCAUUAAAAAGAGAACAAAGAAUAAAAAUAAAAGACCAAAAAUAGCUGGUGUCUAAUUUGAUAGAUCGAUUCAUCGAUACUUCCACAUCUUAAGGUAAUUUUAAAAUAAUGUCUGAAGACGUCUGUCCCUUUGAAAUUGUUUGUUUUAUAUGAUCUAUAAAUUUUAAAAUAAUUUUCAGUAAGUGCUUUUAACAGCCCGAGCUUCUGCAUUGCCAAGCAAAUUAAUCCUUUGACAAGGUGUCGCUGUUUGAAUUUAUGAGAAAUGAAAGAUGAGAACUCCCUAAGUGCAUUUAUAAAUCGAUAUGGUGUACAGAAGUAAAAAAUGAAUAAGGUGAGAAGAUACACCCACAGAAAAUAUUUCAGUUUAUGGGGAAAUAGUAGUUGUAAUUGGGUAGUUUUCUUAAUAUUUUUUAUCUUAAUCUUGGUUUUCAAAAAAUGACAGAAAGUGUACAAAUGAAUGAAAAAUAAUUUGGCUGUGUUUUAGACAGCAUUAGAAUAUAUUGUUCAGCACAGUAAAAUAUAUUCGAAAUUUGAUGAACCAGAUAUGUGGUUUCAACUGAGUAUUUUGUGAAUUUUUCUUAAAAGCUCAAAUUUGUAGACUUCUGAAUAUAAUAAACAGUUGCAGCAGA